AUGGGCUACAUCGCUGCCGAAGAAGCCGAGCUUCGCCGUGAGGAAAGGGACAGCGCGCGAGAGAAUGCAAGGCUUCGAAAACGCUUCGGGGUCGGCUUGGGCGACCUGACUGAGGAAGAGGCCAUCACAUAUGCACAGAUGGUAUCUGAGGAGGCCUUCCUGCUCGAUGAGCAGCGGCGUACGAGUGCCAGCGAUAACGGCUCUUCAGCAGACAUUGGCGAAAACACCUCGUCGUUUGGUAGCCUCGACACGGUCACGCCAGAUCCUAGCAUCAGUGGCAUAGCCCCGGCAGCCGGACCGGCCAAAGCUGAUCCUGGCAAUGACGACGACUAUGAGCAGCAAAUCCAACGAGCCCUGAGGCUCUCUCUCAUGGAAGGUGUGAACGAAGCGGGCCAGUCACCUCGAGCAAGCAGCUCGACAGACUUCGAGUUUCAUGUCAGGUACAAACCCACCAAAGAGAAACGGUCCACAUCAGUUGCGGGCCCAGCAAGUCAGUCCCACACGCCGUCCCAGCAGGGUGGACGAGCGUCUAGUCAAGUCUGGGAAACAAGUCCCUCCCCGAAUCACAUCGAUGAAGCGGACGAUGACCUGGCACUCGCAAUUCGUUUGAGUCUCGAAGAAGAGGAGCAGAGACAGCAAUCUCAGAAUACCGGCCUUGGCAUAGAGGAGGAUGGGUUCCCGCCCUUGGAGACAAGCGGCAAGGGGAAAGGCGUCUUGCGGUAUUGA